AUGGAUAUCUCAGGCUACGCUCUCGUCACUGGAGCCGGUAGCGGCAUUGGCAGGGCUACAGCGAUCGAAUUCGCCCGAGCUGGUGCCAAGGGCAUCGCUCUUUUCGAUCUCAAUGGGUCUUCGCUCGACAGGCUUCGAACAGAACUCGAAUCUCUAAUUCAAUCAGGGGGGAAACCCUGCCGCAUUCUUACAAAGGUCGUCGAUGUUAGCAACGAGGAUACUGUCACCUUGGCCGUCAAUGAGAUUGCAGACUGUUUUGGACGAGUGGACUACGUGGUUAACGCGGCUGGAAUCGCAUUCAAACAUGCAGAUGGCUCUGCAGAGGCAGAGACCAAGGACUGGCACCGGGUGAUGGACAUCAACCUCAACGGGACGUUUUACGUGUAUCGCGCCGCUGCCAAGUUGAUGCUGAAGCAAGACUAUCUCGUGUCCACGGUGGAUGGACGACCGCCGCAGCGCGGCGUCGUGGUCAACGUGUCGUCUAUAUGCGGAGUUGUAGGUGUCCCAAUGUCGACGGCUUAUUGUGCCUCAAAGCACGCCGUCAUUGGCUUGACACGGACUGCUUCUGAGGACUAUGCUGGGCGGGGGCUGCGCAUCAACGCAGUGUGUCCCGGUUAUAUCGAUACACCUCUGAUUCAACCUGGCACAGUGGUGGCAGCGGUUGCUAAGGAGAAGACUGAGCAAUGGACACCUCUACGCAGAUUUGGAACUGCCAGUGAGGUGGCAGACGCAAUCGUGUUCCUCUCCAGUGGGAGAAGUUCUUAUAUCACUGGUACGGCUUUGAUGGUUGACGGAGGAUACACAUCUCACUAA